AUGGCGUCAUCUCACUCUUCGUCCUCGUCUAUCCGCCCCGGGGCUGGGCCAGAGGACCAAACGUCCCUUCCCCAGGUUGACACGCUGAUUUCAUAUCUUCUGGGAGCAAAGCGAUCGCUUUCUUCCAUCAACCACGUCUGGCGAGCCAAUGAAAUAGUCACGGCGUCGCAUUCGGCUCUGGAGGAGAGUGUUACCGUGUGUUCCCGGACAGGGUUCUUACGCCGAGGGCUCAAUAGUCAGCUUCGACUGUUGUAUGAUGUGCGAACCGAGGUUGAACACAUUUCAUACCGAGGUCGUGAUGAGUUCUCGCUGGCCUUGCGAAAUCUCGACGCUGCGGAUGCCCGGCUCAAAAAUACUCUAGAUCUAUUACGAGGAACCAUUGUCCACUCAUCCUUCAGACCCGGCGACGAGGAAGAGAAAAGCUUACAUGAUUUUGUUGAUGAGCGAGGAGUUGAGGAAUUACAUGCCUCUCUGAAAGCCUCAAUCGACCGCACUACCACAGCGCGAGCCGAGCUCGAUACCUCCAAUCAUGAAUUCGAUGAUGAGCUUGCAUCAACAAGACAGUCCCUUCGUCACUUCCACACCGCCACCAAAUUGGCGUCAUCCCGUCUCUCGAUCACAUCUUCAUCCUCAUCCACGUCUGACUCGGGCCUUCUAACUUUGUCAUCAAUGCCGGGCCAGAUUCAAUCAUUGGAGGCCCACGCCCAGGAGAUGGCGGUUCUCCUUGAGGCAUUGGUGAGGCACUUUGACCUCUGCGUGACUGCUGUGAAGCAUACCGAUGGCGGCGGCGCAGUCGCCAGGUCUAUUACUGGUGACAUGCCGACGGGUGUGGAGGGCAGUAAUGAUGGGAUGCCCAACAUUGGGGCGGAAAUCAACGCCCACCUCAACGCACCUCUCGACCCAAUGACGGACGCUGAAUAUCAGGAAAUGGUGACUGUGUUGAUCAAGGAUGCCCCAGAAGCAGAGGAUGUGGUAAUUGAAAUUCAAGACCGUAUCAACGCGAUGGAGUCUAUUUUUGACCACGUGCAAACUCAUCGCGACGUGCUGCUGUCUAUCUCCAAGGCAACAAUCGAGGUUCAUGAUCAUCUCUCAGCUCUCGCCUCCAGUGGCCUACCUCGUUAUAUUUCUCAGGCCCACAACUUCACCCGCGUGUGGCAUGAGGAAAAUGAUCGCAUUAACUCUGGUCUUGCAGAACUUUCCGACUUACAUACCCUCUAUGAUGGCUUUCUCAAUGCCUAUGAUAGUCUCAUGCUUGAGGUCGCUCGUCGACGCCAUGUUCGACAACGCGUGGAAAAGGUACUCCGAGAAACCAGACAUAAGCUGGACUCACUCCACGAUGAAGAUGCUGCCGCUCGUGAUGCUUUCCGUGUGGAGCAGGGUGAUUACCUCCCUUCUGACAUAUGGCCUGGAGUGGGCCUGGCGCCGAUGCAGGUUCAAUUUUUACGAAUCGCGGGUGGCCACCUAGAUAACGCCCCUGGCAGUGAAGAUGUGCCGGAAGAUGCGCACCAUCCCACGGAAGGUGUCAACAUCGACUCACACCAAGAUCACGAUCAUGAUCAGGGGGAGCAUAUUCCCGAAUUGCCUCGCGACAUGAUCGAACAAGCUUACGCCAGAGUCAAAGCGCGAAACAAAUCUGCCUCCUAG